UGGGAGCUGUAGUAGGAGGCGGGGAGAAGAUGGCGUCCAAGAUCAGCGUGGUGCUGCGGCCCGUGAAGAGCAUCGUGGUUCGGUUCUGCCCCUUCGAGCCCAACGUGGAGAGCACGAGAAAAUUUCUCCAAUGUAUAUUCCAUAAAAAAGUUCAAGCUACUAAUAGAAACUGUGAAGUGACUGCUGAUGUGAGACAUGAUGGAUCUGAACCACUUGUAGAUGUCAUGUUCGCUGAUGGAGAUCGAUUAAUAAUGAAGGGAGCCAACUUGACGACGGUAGAAAUGUUAACAGCAUUGGGGUCCAGAUGUAGUGCAAAAGACCUUAAGGAAGAACAGAAAAGCAAGAAGAAGAGUCCCUGAAGAACAGAGAAACAAGUGUGUUUGCAUUUACAUGUGUUAAAAACAGCAGGCUGCACAGAAGGCUUUUCUCCUAUGCAAGAAAAUCUGAGAGAGAUGGCCAAAACACUGACCAGUGUGACAUGCAGCAGAAUGAACCCUUUAAAUGUUCCCUGUCUUCACCUGAAGGAGAACAUAGUGGAACAACAACUCUAACCCUAGUGGGUCAGAGUGGCUUAAGAUGCACGAAUGCAUCUCUCUGAGCAGCCGUGUCGGACUAACAUCACGUGUAUUUGCAUAUCGGUGUGAAUAAUACACAUUACCUAUUAAAUUAAUAUUGCAAUGAAGACAGAUAUCUUUGGACAUUAUUUCCUCCAAAGUUUCUCUGUGUUGUAGUGCAAAACAUUAUUAGAGUGGUUAUUAUUUUUUGAAAACUAUUAAAUUUAUUAAAAAUUUGAAGAAAACUUUUAAAGGAUUCAUCAUUGACUUAGCUGAGGGACAACAGCUGCAAAUAGAGUGAAUUUUGUAAUACUAUGUUUAUAAUGCAUCUGUUCUUAAGCUCCUGCCAUUGUCUUCCUGUCUUUGUGAAGGAAAGGGGAAGUCUCCUAACUAAAUUUAGUUCAGCAAUUAAAGUAACAAGGUAAUGAGACUGUCAAGACACAGUAGAACCACUCAUCCUGUAUAAAAGUAACUAAGUUUAGCUCAAAGGGAAAGGUAAGUUAGUUUUUUCAAUAAUUGGAGAAAAGGGCUAUCUUUGAAGUUCAGGUUUGCAGUAUUUUUGUCACUUUUGGGCUAUUUCAUUAAAUACUUUGUAAAGAUCAAGGGUGGAGCUUUAUUUGGUGUUUAUAGCCCCAUGUCCAACCCUAUUACUUAUUAAAGUAACUGCUUAGGUGUCUUGUGUGUAUUGCAAAACUCUGUGGGUUGAUCUCCUCAGGCUGUGCAGCUGAAGGUGUCAGCUGCACGUGUUUCUUGUGCAUCAGUUUUGUUCUAGUUCAUAAUGAAAAUGUGGUUCCAGUUUUGAGAAUUGCAGUUGCACUUGAGAGGCAUUAGUUCUACCUGUUAAUCGGAUGCCUGACUUCUCUAAAACGAGUUCAUGUAUUUCCAAAGUUAAUUUGGCAGCAGAUUUAGGACACAAAUAUGAAACUUUACCUUACUUUUGCCAAGAUUUUUAAAUGGGUACUGUCCUUUGUGAAAGGAAGAUCAUUUUAAAUAGCACUGUCAAGGUGGUUCUUUGCAACUUCUUCAUUAGGUUGCUCAAGUCAAGGUGAUGUGUUAUGUUGGAGAGCUGUGCUAAAGACACUGGGUAUUUCCCAUGUGUUUGCAACAAAUAGAAAAGUACUGUAGAAGUAGAUCAAAUAUAAAUAAGACUGUUCAAAGGACAGGUUUUUUGUUUGUUUGAUUUGGGUUUUUUUCCUCCCAUUUUAGAUUAACAUCAUAUACCAUGACUUUACCUGAAGCACCUCUACAGGAAGAGUGAGAAUUGUUCAGGUGGAAAAACACUGCAGAAUUAUUCUUUCCCUGGUUAAUCACGUAUCCAUGUGCUCAAAAGCUCUCUUACUGUACUACAUCAGUGAUUUUUGUGAUUGUUUUUCCUUCCUUUGACAGUUUGUACAACAUCAAUGUGUAAAACUUGUGUUUAAAUAUGAAACACUUGAUCUGUCCUAAAUAAUUUAAUCUGUAAGUACCUAAAGAGUAGAAUGUGUUAAUUAUUAUUACUAAUUAAGUUUCUGUAGUGUUUCUUUUGGCCCAAGAUUGGGGUUUAUGAACAGAAAAGGGAGAAAAGAUCAUAGUUUGAAUUUUUUAUGGCCAAAAUACAACCUUUCUGUUGUUGAAGAAAGGUGAAAAGAACCCAAAAAGUUCUUUUGGAGUUUUCUAAAGAAAAAACAAAAAAAUUCACUUUUACUUGCAUGGGUAGGCAUCCUGCUGUGUAAAAACAUGCUUUUUCUAGGUGCUUUCAUUUUAACCUACUUUUUGCUUAGACUAGGCCAAAGGCCUGCAACGUUGCUGUUGAGAAAUGGCCGACAAUUCAGUGGAUGAAGCUGAGGCUGUGGCUGCAGGUAGCUGCAGUUUGCAGUGGUAGAGCUCUGAUAUGUUUUGUCAUGACGUGCGUUUUAACGUACAGGGUACAAAGGAAAACCUCCAGGACAGAAAAAUAAAGCUAAAAAUGUGCAUUCUCGAGACUCUUAGAUACUGAAGCAAUAUAAGCAAGCAAUAUGGGCAAGAAGGUACUCCUCUGGUGAUUAUUAUGCUAAUCUGUAUAAACUAGCUUUCCCUGUACAGUGUCGAUAAAGGUACGAGUUUAUUUUUCAAGUACGUUAAAGGUGAUCUGUAAUGACUUUCUUUCCUGAGCAUUUAGAUAGCUUAGCUGUUCAUACACUAUCAGUUCCUGCUGGUGAUUGACUGAAACAAAGCUCUGACAGCUUCCUGACAUGCACAGUCCAGGGCUGGGGAUGUACAGGGUAUUAAGGUCAGUCAUGCAGAACAAAAUGUGUCUGGGUGAGCUUUGACUUUGCAUGUUGUUAUUCUUUAGCCCACUAAUCUUGAUUACCCCACCAAAAAUGUGGAUGCUCGCUCGGCUAUGAAAGGAACUGGAACAGCUGGAACAGGCCCUAAAAACACUGGGAUUACCUAAAUACAAACACUAUGUCUGCAUAGGGUGUCUGAUAGCAGGUGAUGACAGUAAAAUGGCUAAAUCUUUAAUACCUGGAGAUUUAAAACCGAUUUUAGAAACAUCUUAGAUCUGUUUAUUGUAGGAAUACGUAUUUAUUUAGGAGUCCUUAUCAGUGCAUAGGGAAAACAGUCCUGAAACAGAUGAAUAUGUAGUUCAGAUAACACUACCUGGCCGAGAUAUUCCCUUUUUAAGUAUCUGCAGCAUUGUUUUUAGAAAAAACCUUUAUUAAAGAUUUCGACUAGGAGCAGCAAGUGUUGGUGAACAUUGCAAGGACUGUAUUUAACAGUUCUCAAGAUAUUUGCUUCCAAAUGUAUCUCCUGCAUAUGUAUACACUCCUUGCAGUUUAAGAAUUGCUGGCUCACUGCCCACCUCACAAACUACAUGUGCAAGCAGUUUCCCUGAAUGCCAGGCCCUGUUUUCCUCUGGAUAGUUUGGAUUCAGGUUGAGACUGCCAUGUCACCUACCAGCAGUGCCUCUUUCAAUGACUUCCCUGCCUUCUCCAUCUCCUGGCCUAAUAGCCUUUUUCCUUUCUGGUACUGUUUGAUCUCAUCCAAUCUCACCUUUUCUCCCUGGAAGGCCUGAGUCACUCUUCUGAGCCUUUUUUAUUGUCGACCCAGAGCAGGCAGUAGCUUCAAGCAGCUGAAGUACUUUGCUGCUGGUAGACCACUGCAUGUUCUCUGCUUCCUGCUUAACCUUGUUCUGUAAGCUGAUAAAUGCUGGGAUGGAGCAGCAUGAACAGGUGGUGCUGCUUUGCUUCUGAUCAUUUUUAAUUUGACAACAAAUUGUCUUUACAUUGAGCUGGUCUCAGGAUUUUACAAAACUAAAGCUGUGCCCAGGGACAGAUGCUAGGGGUGUGAAGGCAAAGGAGUUGCUGACCCCUUUUGAUCAUCUCCUGAGAAAUUUCAAAGUGGUACUUAAAAGCAGAGCCUAGAGAUUCUGCCUAAGUUAAAGUGGGCUUCUAUAUACUGGCAGUGUUAAUAGCAGAGGUUUUUUGAGUUGACUACAUGACUUGGGUUCAAAAGAUCUUCUAAGAAAAUUCUUGCUUCUGGCAUCUCAGGCAACCAUGCAGGAUCAGCAGGUAUUCUCCAGUUUGGUCUUCUAGACUUGAAAAGCCUCACAGUAUUUGGGUUUAUGUCCUUGAUUUUGUCGCGAGAGAUGAUGUUACAUAUCUAACAUCUAGGCCAGAGAAAAUCUAUAAGGAAGUAAGAAAUUACAUUACAGAUCCUUCAUUUUUUCCUGUGCUUCUGCCCCAAGAGAGAUUCUGAGACUGGUUUGGGCACCUUUUCUUUUAUGUGCAGCUUAACUUGAUAUUGAUCUAGUUAUUUGAAGGAAAGGAAAAAGUAAUCAUCUGAUUCUUGACAAGACUUAGUAUGUUGACAAUAGGAAUGGGAUAAUAGUAAAAACUAGCUUUAGCUUCCAAAGGGUUUUUCCCUAUGUUCUUCUACAGUCCAUGGAAGAGGAGGUCUUUUCUGAAAGGCGUCAGAAUGGGAAGCUAAUGCUUUGAGUGGCACCCCAGAGAGCCUAUUUCUUCCUGCUGGGUGCAGGUGUGAGGAGACUUGUGCUGUUUGGAACCUCCAUCAGCAGUGCCCUAGGCAUCACAUUCACACCUAAGCCCUUGUCUCUACAGGAUGAAGUCCUUUGGGAGCCCUAUUCAGGUAAGCAGCCUACACAUAUUCCUAACACUGUACAGCAGGAUUUUACUCAACAGGAAGAGAAGCACUUGCGGUCCCUCUCACUCCAACGCUACUGGGCAAGGUGUUGGUAUCCCCAUCACAAUGCAAAGACCCUUCCUCUGUAGAGGAUGAGUGUCAGGCUCUGCCUGCCAGAUUUCUGUGAUGCUCAUCUUGUGACAUCCUGAGAAUAAAAACUAAUGCAAUAACUACAGUUAUAACUAUAAAACUUUUUUUUCCCUGAGGUUACCUUCACAAUGGUUGAUCAAUAUCCAUAAUAAUGAAACUCUGCUUCUGAUAUGCAAUCAAGAAAAAGCUAAAGCUUUAUACACCCCUCUAAGAUCCAGUGGGCACAUCUGUAGUUUGUGAUUCCAAAUUUCAUAGGCUAAUUAUUCAUCAUUGGUAGAAAUAUUUGUUCUAUCAUUAUUUAUUCCAAAUCAUUUUGACAUUCCUUGUCCCUGCCCUUAUGUCCUUACUGGUCCAGACCACUCAGAAAAGACAAAGUUGAGGUUUUAUUUGGAGGUAUUUGUCUUUAUUUAUAGAGCUUUGUGAUAGGUUUUUUUGUACAUCUGAGGUUUCUAAAAGCCAAGCCAGAGUAUUUGCUUUCUGAAAGUCUCCUCUGUGAGCAGGUAUUCCCUGCUAAUACGCUUCUAUUUUACGUGGAUCAAAAGCUAAAACUACAGCUAUGGAAGAUUUUUGUGUCACCCUGAUCUCUUUUUUAGCAUUGUAAUGAAUGUGCUGAUUAUCAAAUUCUGUAGAUAAAUAAAAACAUUUUUAUUCUAA